AUGUGUCAUGCGGAUUACAAAAAUUCGUUAAUACUACCGAACGCUUACAACGCGUUCUCUCGUGACGUGGUCUUGAAUAGAAACGAUAUCGCGUUUAUACGGGUCAAGACAAUGGUAUCGGAAGGGCAGCAAAAGAAAUAUGAUGAAUAUAAGAGUACGUUGGAUGCGGACACGCUGGAAACGGCUAGAUUGGAACUCCGUGAGGAUGACAACACGAGAAACCAAGCGCUGAAGCAAUUUCGGCAUUGGAUCGAGAAACAUCCUACGAUUAAAAAAUGUAGGACUGAUUCGUUGUUCCUAUUAAGAUUUCUUAGGACGAAGAAAUUCAGUUUGCCGAUGGCGCAGGAGAUGCUGGAACAGUAUCUCACUAUUAGGCAACUUUAUUCCAAUUGGUUCCAAAAUCUCGACGUUGAUGAUCCGGAACUUAUGGCCAUCAUCGAUAACGGCUAUUUAGUACCAAUGUUAAAGCGAGAUCAACACGGCCGAAAAGUGAUAAUGUCAUGUGCAGGGCGUUUCGACCCUAAUAAAUUCUCAUCUGCACACUUGCUCCGGGUUCAUAGUAUGGUGGUCGAGAUCUUGAUGGACGAUGAGAAAAGUCAAGUCUAUGGCUACACAUAUCUCAACGACGUAGCGAGAUUGUCCAUGAACCAUUUCGGCACAUUGUCUUUCAUGGACAUUCGUAAUAUAUUGAGGUGCGUACAGAACAGUACACCGAUGCGUCAUAAGGAGACGCAUAUAAUCAAUCUACCUAGCAGCGUAGCGAAGCUCCUCGAAUUCAGCAUGUCUAUAUUAAACGACAAGCUUAAGUCUCGCGUUAUGAUACAUAGAAACAUACAAGAGCUAAAAGAAGCAGUGGAUCCAAAGAUACUACCGAAGGAAUAUGGCGGGGAAAUCUCGCUUUCGGAAAUGAUUGACGAAUUUAAGAAGGAACUAAAACAGAAAAAAGAUGAACUCAAGGCUCUCGACGAUAUGUAUAUUGAAAUAUCACCGAAAUAUUAUCAAGAGGCUAACGAAGAAUUAAGCGGAAUAUGCGGUUCGUUCCGAAAGUUAGAAGUCGAUUAAGAGACAAUCUAUUUCUUUUCGAUUUUACAACUUCACAUUGUCAGCACCUUAAUAUAUAGUUUAAUAUAUAUAGUUAUUUUCAUAUUAUGUGA